AUGGCAACCACUAACAAUUAUCAACACAAGAAAUUCAACAUGAAAAUUGAAGAAGAGUCUUAUCAGCAUAAGAAAUUUGCUACCAGCAAGAGGAAAAUUCCUGAAAUUGAAAAGGACCAUGAAACCACAACAGUUGAUAGUAUAUUACAGCAAGCCCAAAAGGAUAUGACCGCAGAUUUACCCCAAAUCAAGAGGAAACAAACCAAGUCUUUGUUCCGCCCAUGGGAAGAUAAGGACGAAAGUGAAGCUACCACAACCACCAAAAGACCCAAGAGCUGUCCACCAACAGAGGUUCCAAACAACAACACUGCAGAUGAUGUGCCACAGCACUCAAAUCCCAAGCGUCGACGUAACACUGUUGGUGCAGCAAUGAGACGUCGUCAGCAGCAAGAACAACAAGCCGUACAAUGGAUGAGACAACAACAAUAUAUGGCCUAUAAGCAACAACAGCAGCAAUACCACUCGGCCAUAAUGGAACAAUCGAUAAGAAAUUCCAAUUAUUUGGCAUACUUACAACUAUUGGUGCAACAACAAAGACAACAACAACAGCAAUUAUUUGUUUUUGGUCAACAGCAAUAG